AGAUUGGGAUCGAUAUUCCAAAUAUCGCAAUCAAAGUAAACAACAUGGCGCUCAGUUCAAAUCAAGAAUCGAAGCAGAAAAGUUUAGCAGUUUCAUUCAGACAGAAAUUAGCCAAACUAGGGUGUCCUUAUACAGAAGGUGUGUCAGAAUCAUGGAUCUCAGAAAUGAUCUAUAAGCCGGGGGAACCAAGGAUCAAACUACUUCAAUGGCUUUUCUCUAAAUUUGAUUCCAAGCUCCAUGAAUACAUUGAACCAAGGUUUGACACUGCUGAAUCCAAACUAGACUCCAGAAUUCAACGUCUCCUCUUUGUGGCCUCUACUCUAGGGUUCUGUAGAUAUGACGAUGUGGACUUGAUCAGGGGGGUGACCACAGGAAGUAAACAGGAUAUGUUUAUGGACAAACUGAUAGACCUGGUGUGUAUCAAGGAUGCUGCUGAUGACCCUGACAAUAAGUCAAUGAGAAACCCAAAUGUGGUCAGGUAAGAAGUACAGGUAUGGGCACUGGUCAGGAAAGAAGUACAGGU